GCCCGGUACUUUCUGCCACGUGAGUACCUGAUGUUUGUACAGCCGCAUCGGAAGUGCUCCUUGGCCUUAACCCUCCUUAACCUCCACAUCACAUCAUCCAAUGCCUCGCGCUGAAGUCGGUACACCUAAGUAUGUCGCCAACAAAAUGAAGUCCAAGGGGCUUCAACGACUUCGAUGGUACUGCCAAGUUUGCGAGAAGCAAUGCCGAGAUGAGAAUGGGUUCAAGUGUCAUGCUGCAUCGGAAUCUCAUCUGCGCCAGAUGCUCGUCGUAGGAGAACAUGCUGGAAAACAUAUAUCAAAUUUCUCUCAGGAAUUUCAGUCGACUUUCGUUGCUCUGCUAUCAAGACGAUUCGGUACCAAGCGAGUUCGCGCCAACCAGGUUUACCAAGAGUACAUUGCCGAUAAACAUCACCUGCACAUGAACUCUACUCGUUGGGUAACUUUGACGGAAUUCAUAAAGCAUUUGGGGAGAACGGGUGUUGCUAGAGUUGACGAAACGGAGAAGGGAUGGUUCAUAGCUUGGAUUGAUAACAGUCCCAAGGCACUUGCUAAAGCUGAAGCGUCCAUGAAGAAGGAGAGAGCAACCACUUCCGAUGAACAACGGGAGCGAACGCUCAUUGCCGAGCAGAUUGAGCGUGCUGCCGCCGAAGCGGGCCCUUCGCGAUCUGAAACACCUCCAGAAGAUUUGGGCUUGAAAAGGGACGAAGGCGCUGAGAAAGUUGUCCUUUCCCUCUCUGCAAAAGCUGCAGAUGCACCCAACUCAUUCUCUCCUCCUGCUCCUCUCAAAAUGAAUGCUUUCAAGUCAUCGGCCUUCAAUCCCUUGAAACCAGCCACCAAUCCUCUCAAGCGGCCAAAUGUUUUCAAGAGUACAACAGCUUCCUCAUCCAGUUCCACGGGUACUUCAAUUGAGAAAGAUGCUAAGAAACGGGCUCUGCCUAUGUCUGCGGCUGAGCGGUUGAUUGUUGAAGAGCAGGAGCGGAAACGUAGACGAAUGGACAAGGAAAGUAUGAAUUAAGUGUAUAUAUCAGUCUGGUUUAUCAGCGGACCUUGUACAUUUGUAAACCUAGG